AUGAUAAAAAUAGUGUGGAGUCCAAAAGCAAUGUCAGACGACAUCGAAAAACAAGAAGAAGAAAUUAGACGUAUGGAGGAGGAAAUGCGUCAAGAAGAAGAAGAUAUGAAGCGAAUGGAACUUGAACUUCAGGCUGAAGAAGAAAGAAUCAAACGGGAAGAAGAAGAAAUUCAGCGGGAGUUAGAAGCUGCUGAGGCUGAAAAGCUUCAAAAAGAGAAAGAAGAACAAGAGCGAAAUGAUAAGGAAAAAGCCGAGAAAGAGGCUCAAGAAAAAGAAAGACAGGAAAAGGAACGGAUUGAAAAAGACAGACUUGAAAAAGAACGUAUCGACCGCGAAGCCAAAGAACAAGCUGAAAAAGAAAGAAUUGAAAAAGAGAGGCUUGAGAAGGAACGUAUCGAACGUGAGAGGAUUAUAAAAGAGAAAGAAGAACAAGAACGUAUUGAAAAAGAAAAUGUUGAGAAAGAAAGAAUUGAAAAAGAACGUCUUGAAGCCGAAAGAGUCAUAAAAGAAAAAGAAGAACAAGAACGUAUCGAACGUGAGGCAAAAGAAAGAAUCGAAAAAGAAAAUGAAGAAGCCCGAAUAGCAAAAGAAAAAGCUGAAGAAGAAGAAAGACAAAAAGAGAAAGAAAUAGAGGAAGAAGAACGUCGGCUCCGUGAAGAAGAAGAACGUGUUGAGCGUGAGUUAAGAGAAGAAGAAGAACGUAUGAAGCGAGAGGAGGAAGAAUUAAUUCGACAACUAGCUGAGGAAGAAUCAAAGAAGGCUGAAGCUAUUGAAAAAGAAAAACAAGAACAGUUGGCGAAUGCAAAAAAGCAAAAAGAAGAGGAAGAAAGAAGAACCAAAGAAAAAGAAGAACAAGACCGGAUUGAAAAAGAGAAAAGAGAACAACAAAAAGCAGAAGAAGACCGUCUCGAACAAGAAAAGGCUGAAAAGAAACGUGCUGAAGAAGAGAGAGCAGCUCGUCUAAUCGAAGAAGAUAAGAAAAUGAAAGAAGAAGAACUUCAAAAGAAACAAGAAAUAGAACGUCUUAAAAAAGCGAAAGAAGAUGCUGAAAAGAAGAAAGCGGAAUUAGAAGCUCAAAAGCAAAAAGACGCCGCUGACAUAAAAGAACUUCCAAAAGAUAACAAUCACGUUGACGAUGAAGGGUUUAUUGAAUUGGAUGAUCCAGAGCCAAUUAACAAUGCAAUUUCUAUUCAUAGCAACGCAACGGAACAUUCUCAACCAAUAGACUUAGACCAACUUAUAUCGGAAGCUGCUCCACAACCAACACAUAUAGUUCGUCGUGUUACAAAAGUCAAAGGACAUGCGGCAAAGGCGGGUAUUAAUGGUAAUUUGAAAAGGGAAGAAAUUAAGAAAGAAGAAAUUCAAACGACUGAUACCAAUGACAUCGAUUUCACCAUUUCAAGUAUAAAAGCCACUUCACCAAAAUUGGCAACCCAAGGCGGAUUCUCGUUGACAAUUACUGCGGGUGCUGUCCCCAAAAAAAUGAACCCACUCAUGGAGGAAAUGCAAGCAAAACGGUCGAGAACUGGAAGAGCGUCGUUUUCCGUCAAACCAUCAUUUAAACACACAAACACUUCCAAAGAGAAUAGUCCAUCAGUGUCACCGGCUCUUAUAGACGACCCACUCUAUGCAAAUGUGACAUUUUCUAACGAGACGGAUGGACUCAACACAAAUGUGAACUACGCCAAAAUGGUAAGAGUGAGUGGGAAGAUGUACAUGAAGUGGAGAGUUAUUGACAAAUCACCUGACGCAUUGAAUAGUGGUGACGCUUUUAUGGUGGACACCGUCGACAAAAUUUAUGUCUGGAUUGGGAAGGAUUGUAACAGACUUAAACGGACAAAGGCUUGUGACGCGGCUAACACAAUUAAACAUAACGAGCGCCAGGGGAAGUGUGAGAUCUUUCAAGUACAACAAGGAAAAGAAGAUGAAGCGUUUUGGACUGCGCUUGGUGGCAAGAAUGAGAACAUCAAAAUUGCUGACGCAAAACAAGACGACACAGAAGACAAAAUUGCAGACGAUGAGUUGUUCUUAUUGGACGAAAAGAAAAAUGAUUGGGACGUUGCAGAGAUAGUCAACUGUACUCGUGGGAAGAUGACACACAACUUGUUGUACCCGUGGAAGAUUUAUGUGUAUGAUGCACUUACAGAGGUAUAUGUCUGGGUUGGUCCAAAGUCAUCACAGACACUCCGUAAGAUUUUGAAGCCUGUUGUCGACAAAAUUUUUGAAUCGAAACAAAGGCCUGCGUGUGCUCAAAUAAUGAGAAUUACUCAGCAAACGGAACCGGUUUUGUUUAAAGAGAAGUUUGCACAAACGCAGGGGACACUGACUGUUAUCCACAACAAAGAUUGCUCAUACAGUGAAGAAGAAAUUAAUAAGAGUCGACAACACUCACAAACAGUAUCAUUGAGUAAACCAACGCCAAAAUACGGACAGAAAAAGGAAGAAAAGGAGGAAGAACUUCAAAUUGACGUUCGUGAAAUUUUGGGUAUUCCAGACGACUCGAUCGUUUUGCAACCGUCCAAGGAUUUUAUCAUUCAAGGUGGUGCAAUUCGAGUGUUUAUUGUUAUUGAUGCUCAAAAAGAGGAAAUCCCAGUCGAGAAGCAUGGCGAGUUUUACAGUGCGAACGACUACAUCAUUACAUACAAAGAUCCCAAAGACGAGCAAAAGAUGUUCUUCUGGCAAGGUAAAGACACUUCCAUUAAGAGUCGAGGAACAACAUCAAUAUUGGUGACUUCUAUGUCGAAGUCGCUUGGUGCAAGCACAACAAGAGUUCCACAAGGCGAAGAGCCACACGCGUUCAUGCAGUUGUUUGAGAAUAAGUAUUUGAUUCAUAUUGGUGAUUACCAAAACCACGAAGAACUGAGAAAAACAGAAAGACUUUACCAAGUGAGUAAUACAAUGUAUGAAAACACGUGUGAGUAUACAGUACAACGUGAAAUGAACAAAGAGUUGAUUCAUUCAUCGUCAACGUACAUUUACUCAACGGCUGAUGAACUCAAGGUUUGGAGAGGAAAGUAUGCAAGUGAAAAGAACUUUGAGACGGCGAUGGAAGCUGUUAAACGUGUUGAUGCAAGAGAGCCGACAAUUCUUUCUGAGGCAAAAGGGGAUUUCCUUUUCACAGAAAAACCAUUUGCAUUGAAUUUUGGUCGUGUCCAGCCAAAGUGCUUUUCGUUGGUUUACGAGAAGCCACAAAUCAGAGCAAAGCCGAUGCAUCACUUCACUUAUCAGCGAUUAAAAGAAAUCACCCUCUUUACAUGCGAGAAUGGUAUAUAUUUGUUAGUAACACAACUUAAAAAGGAUGCACUAACGCCGUAUAUCGCGAUGAUUAAAGAGUACGAAAACAAAGUCAAAGAUAACUACUUUGGUGGGAAAGUCCCCCCUAUCUUUGUUGUACACUCCCUCAAACAUGUACCUAAAGAAAUUGCUGCGAUCACACAUGGAUUUGUGAAAGGCGCUAUGAAAGGAGUUGAUGUCGAGAACGAUCCAAAAGAAAUCAUCACAUUUGACAGUCUUUGGGAUAUUCUUAACAAAAAGUAUACCUAUGAAGAGCUUCUCAAAAGACCAACAUACCUUGAUAAAACAAAAUUGGAGACUUAUCUCUCCGACGAAGACUUUGAAAAAGUAUUCAAAAUGAAAAGAGACCAAUUCCUUGCGAAAAAGCCCUUCCAACAGGAUCCACUGAAGAAGGAAGUCAAACUGUUUUAA